UUCGAAUUCAACAAGCCAGACAAUUGCAUCCAGCAUGAAGGUAAAAACAAUUAGCAGAUCAGAAGAAUUUUCUAGAGAGCGAUUGGGUGAUAUUUUCAAGGUACAAAAGAACUUGGACCCAGUCUUGCAUCCAUUCGAGCAGGCUCGUGAAUAUACCAGAGCGUUGAACUCGACUAAGCUGGAAAGAUUGUUUGCAAAACCAUUCGUUGGUGCUCUUUCUGGCCAUAUUGAUGGUGUUUAUUGCAUGACUAAACAUCCUAAAAAGCUGACUACAAUUCUAUCUGGAAGUGGUGAUGGUGAAAUCAGAAUUUGGUCUCUUUCUUCACAGACUUGUACUUGGAAAUCCAUAGGGCACAAGGGAUUUGUAAAGGGGCUUACUUACGUUCCAUUCAAUGAUCAUUUCUUAUCGGUCGGAGAAGACAAAGUCAUUAAAAUGUGGGACCAAAAUGAAUCGCAGCCCACAAACACAUACAUUUCCAAAUACGCUUUUACUGGCAUUGAUCAUCAUCGCUCAAAGCCCUUGUUUGCCACGUCUAGUACUGGUAUUGACUUAUGGGAUCAUCAUAGAUCUGAGCCAACACAGACAUUGCAAUGGGGUGCGGAAACGGCAAUUUCAGUCAAGUUCAAUCAGACUGAGACAAACAUCGUUGCUAGCUGUGGAACAGAUCGUACUAUUAUUCUUUAUGAUAUUCGCACAACCUCUCCCAUUACAAAAGUCAUCAUGGCAAUGCAAACAAAUGCGAUUGCCUGGAACCCAAUGGAGGCCUUCAAUUUCACCACUGCGAACGAAGAUCACAAUUGUUACACAUUUGAUAUGCGUAAUCUUGGAAAUACACUUUCUGUUGCCAAGGAUCAUGUAUCUGCUGUACUUGAUAUUGAUUACUCUCCCACUGGUGAAGAGUUUGUUACUGGUGGUUACGAUAAAACAAUUCGUAUCUUUGGUGCUCGUGAUGGCCGCUCUAGGGAAGUUUACCAUACCAAGCGUAUGCAAAGGACAUUCUGUGUCAAAUUCAGCAUGGACGCCAAGUUCAUCUUGUCUGGCUCUGACGAUGGAAAUAUUCGUUUGUGGAAAACCAAUGCAUCAGAUAAACUUGGAACGCUCACACAACGUGAACGCAAUGCUCUCGAGUACUCUAAAGCAGUCAAAAACCGAUACAAGCAUAUGCCAGAAAUCAGACGUAUUGAUAAGCAUCGAAAAGUUCCAAAGGCCGUCAAGGGAGCUGCACGCAAGAAGACAAUUAUGGAGAAUUCUAUCAAAGCUAAAGAAAAUAAUCGUAGAAAUCACAGUGCUCCCGAUGCCGUGCCGUUCAAAGCUGAGCGUAAAAAGCAUAUUUUGGCUGUUGAGCAGUAG